GUGACAGUUCGUGACCCAUGGAGGUACCGACAUGAGGCUUUAUUUCCGAAACUGGCGAAAGAUCGCUUUCGGAAUUUUAGGGAUCUAUUUUAUUGUGUCCUGUUACACCGGUUACCUGUUGAUACGAAGGAGGAUUUUGAGCAAAUCUCGAUAUGACCUACAACGCAUCAGAGAACUUACUGCAUUCACUGACGAUGAUACAGAUUGGAAUCCUUGGGGGGAAGAGUUUGAGAAGGAGGAUGGAAGAGCUCAAAAACAGCAAGCACACGUCCCACAGGAGUCAAAAACAAACUACAAGAGUUACAAGGAACCUGAUGUUGGACGCCCCAAUGUCUCGACUUCCACAGACUUUGUUGUUGAAAUUUGGGGGAAGGCUGCCAUAGGCCUAUACUUGUGGGAACACAUUUUCGAUGGAGUUCUGGAGAAAAGACUUCAAGGGAUUUGGAGUUAUGGAGAGAAAACAAUUGGAAACAUUAAGUUUAGAUUCCGUACAGGUCCUGGAGUGAUUCCAUCAAAAGCUCCCAAACAUGCACAAAAUGUUGUGUUGGUGUUGAAUGGACGAGAACCGUCAAAAAUUGCAUUGGCAAAAACGUGGUUGGAUUAUCUCCCUUCCCUCCCGAAUCUUCAGAAUGCAGCAGUGGUGCUUUUAGGCAAUGAACGGUGUGAUAAUGAUUGGCUGAAACCGUAUAUGGAUAGACGUAACGGACUAGUCAAGCUUGCUUUUAUCACCUACGAUAGUUCAGAAAUCGACAAUAAAUAUUUGUAUCAAUGGCCAUUAGGUGUAGCUACGUAUCGUGAGUUUCCGAAGGUGAAAGGUAACAACGUCCCAGUGAUGAACAGCAGAAAAUACUUAUGCAACUUUUUGGGGACAAUCUAUAAAAACUCGACUAGAGAGACGUUAGUACAGACUCUCACAGCUAGCUCAAUAGGGAGUUCUUGUUUUAUAAAAGCCCGGCACACCUGGCUGCCAAACGAGUCGGAUGACAGUAGAGACACCUACCUAAGGGCCCUCGCCCAAAGUGACCUUACCCUCAACCCAGUGGGGAUCAACACGGAGUGCUACAGGAUCUACGAGGCUAUGUCAUAUGGAUCAGUCCCUGUCAUAGAGGAUGUGAUGACCACUGGUCAGUGUGGCGAGUCGCCUACUUCUGACUCUGUUCCGCUCCGUUUGCUCAAAGAAGAAAAUGCUCCAGUUAUAUAUAUCAAAGAUUGGAAAGAAUUAAAAGACUUACUUCAAAGGGAGUCAACUUUGUCACAAGAAUAUAAAGCAAAACGAAGGAAAGAAUUGAUAUUAUGGUAUGAAAAUUUUAAAUUGAAAAUGCGAGAUAAAUUUGUAAAAGUUUUGGAAGAAAGGUUUUUUCAUAUUUAUCGAUAACAGCUUUUUUUAUUGUGUAUGGUUAGAAUGCCUUUGUCAUAGUUGCCUAAUAAUUGCAAAAAUGAAUGUAGAAUUAAAAUGACGGACGUUUAUUCUGUAGCAGAAACUAUAUCUACCUAUAAAGACACACACUAGUGAUGUAUAGUUAAUUCUAUGCAAAGAUGUUAAUGGCACAACAUAUUUAUCCAGUUCAAUUUUUCUUCUUCAAAUUUUAUCUUUUAUCUUGCUGUGUCUUGCAUCAACUCUAAAGUCUUCCAUUUGUUUUGGCUCAAUAUAAAAGUAAUUUAUUUGUGAUCCAGUUAUCUCCCUUAGUACGUUGGUUUUACUCCAAUGCUCCUUUGUCCUAUUCUGUUAUAUACAAAUUUUGUCUUAAAUGAACAUGUUUUAAGAUUCUUUUCACAUAUCUGAUUAAUGAGUUUUGGGGAAAAGCCCAAUCAAAAAGUUUUAAAGAGGUCAAAAUAUAUUGUAGAUGGUUGAGAAAAAACCUGAUUUUCAGGAUUCAGGCAUGCACCUUGCAAAUUGGUGGAAAAUAUAUACAUGUACUACACAAUCAAUUCUUUCUAUUACAUUUUCAUAUAUUGUGAAAUACUAAGACAUAUUUUACUAUGAUACAUGUAAAUCAUUUUAAGGAAAUGCUAUACAUUCUCAGUAAUUUGAUUUAAAAAGGACCUUCUUUGAAUUUGUAUAUGUUUUAUAUUAUCAUUGAUUUUGUUUUCUUCAUUCUAUUUUAAAGUCAAAGCAGUUUUACUUUUGCCUCAAAUGAUAAACACAGCAUUAUAAUGAUAGGGAAAUAUUUAAAGUGACUUUUAAUACUGCACUGGUGCUUUGUUAAACUUGAAUUCAAUUUAAAUAACUAUCUUUUUAUUUCUUAAUUUUGAUAGAUUGAAAUAUUUUAUCUGUCUUCAUGAAUGUUUUGCAUUUGAACAGGUGUAGGUCAAAACUAUUACAUGGGAGUUAUGUUCACACAAAACUAUUACAUGGGAGUUAUGUUCACACAAAACUAUUACAUGGGAGUUAUGUUCACACCCAAAAUUGUAUCAAUGUCCACAGUUGUCAACACAAUUUUGGUUUUAUUUUUCAUCCAAAUAUUUGGCAUUUUUUAUUCAGAAAGAGUUAGCUCCCUUCUAUCAGAAUAUUUACUGCAUCAGUUUUAAUUAUAAAAGGAUGUAGUUCUGCAUAUAUAGAUGGCUAGCUAAUAUGAAAUGCAUGUUUAUCCGGAAAUAAAACCAGCAUAAAUAUCAUCUAAUUUCUGCUUUAAGUUGCAUCCAAUCAUUUUAUUGUUGUUGAGUGUAUGAUAAUUUUAUAAGAUUCAGCAACGGCUGUCUCAAAUUUUAGCAAGCGGAGUAAACGUCUCAAUGUUCCCUUAAGUCUCAAAUGUCAUAAUACAUAAUGUUGCCAAUAUUUUAUCCCAAAAAGUCUGUUAUUAUUAUUGUAUAAACAUUUAAAAAAAAAAAAACUAAAACUGUUUUACAUACAUGAACCUUGCCAACUACAAUGUAUUAAAAAAAAAUUGUUUUGGUAUAUUUUUUCCCUCUAGUGAGUGAAUUAAAAUCAUUUGUAUGACUAUUUUGCUCUGGUGCUUAAAUGCUAUUAGAAUUUUUUACAUUUGCAGUUCAACACAAAACAUUGUGUUACAUGUCCCUUAAUCAACAAUAAAUUAUAAUGUGAGAUAUGUUAUUUUGUUAUAGACAGUCAUGUUUAUGUUUUUAUCAGUUAUAUAAAGGUUGUGUUGUACUGCUUACAUAUGGAAAUCUGUGCUCACUUUAUUACUGUAAUUGACCUAAUAAGCACACUACUCUUACAAAAACACUAAAGGGAUGUGUUUGAUAGAACCAUGAAUGUACAGGGAAAAACUUUCAUGUGAAAUUUGUGUGGAAAAAUGUAACAAAAUAAUCCUGAGUCUUUGGUUAGAAGACUGAUGAUGAUAUUAGCAGAUGAAUGAGGUAGGGAACUUUUUAUUAAAGGUUGGGAUGUACUUAUAGGGAUAGGUGCACUUAUUAGGUGAAAGAGGUAUAGUAUUUGAAAAAUGAUGUGAAGCCAUUGUUUGUCAUGUAGUACGUGUUUUAAUUGAUGGAGUUAGCAAUUCCUAAACUUUCAGCAUGCAUAAGUUUUAAAUUCUAUGUUACAAUGUACAAUGUAUAUACAUGUAUAUUAUGUACUUUGCUUUUGUUCAGUUUGCUUAGUAAAUCCUCAUUCUAUCACAAUAAUGAUUUGUAAGUUUGCAUUUGAUUUGAAGAUGAAAGCAACAUCAGAGGAAGUUUACACUGCAUUUUAAGUAAAAUAGAUUUUAAUUUCUGUAUAAAUUAAUUCACUAUAGAUUUGUAUUACAAUUUGAUAUGAAAAAGUAGUUCCUUAAUUUAAUAGAUGUAGAGUAUACAUUAGUCUACUGGUGAGCCACAGAGAACAAAUACUUGUAUUGUAGGAAAUUAUUAAUCAAGUUAUCAAUGUGUAUUGUUUUUUACUGUUACAAUUUGACACAGGUAUAUACCAAAGUCUUUCAGACAUUCUUGUUCAAAAUUAUUAUUAUUACAAAAACUAAUUCAUGUUAACCCUGUGUAGUUAAUUGGUAGAUAGUACAAGUUUUCUGUUGUACAUGUGGUCCUUGUAUCAAACAUGUUAAAACUUGGUAGAUUAAAUCUUGUUAUUUAUGAAAUAUUAUUAAUAUUUUGUUUAAAAAUCUAUAAUGCAUCUUUUUCAAAUUCUUAAGUAGUUUAAUAUUAGUAUCUAGGUUAUAAUUCAUCCUCUGAAAAUACCUGUAAGAAUUGGAUUAUUUAAACGUUUUUGAUAUUAUUGAAUAGACUUAAAAACAAUGGCUCCCAGAGAGCAUUGCAGUGCCCUCCAUAGUUUGUGUAAGGAACCCUGGGAGAAAUUGGUGUUCCAAAUGCUUUGCAAUUUAAAAUGUGCGAAAAAAGUGUAUGCAACAAUAUAGAUUAGGCUGGUAUAUAGAGACACUUGUACAGAUGGAGGAAUUGAUAUUACUUUGUGUAAGAUGUAGUUGUAUAAUAAUUUUCAUGUAAUAAAAACACCAAUGUUGUUUUCUGCUAAAUAAAUUGUGACCUAGAAAAUUAUAUUCAGAAUAGAUACCACAAAAUAACUCAAAUUUUCCAGUUAUUAUGAUUACGCAGUAAAGAUGAUAAUUUACUUUAACUUUCACCUGUUAUAAGCUAUUCUUAUGGUUAAAAAAAAAUGUCAUGCGUUAUCUACUGGAAGGCAGAGUUGUCUUUCCUGUUUUAAGGUGGCUCCAUGGCUGGAAUAUGUUGACCCAGAUACAGCUGAUAGCCCUGUAAUUAUCACUAGAUUAUAAACUUCUGAUUUCUAACAAUAAAGACAGUGGUAUGAUGAUGUAUUAAAACUGCUGAAUAUCACCAACAAGUGAAAGUAAGAAAUGAUGGAAAUCAUUUUUUGAAAACCUUAAAUAUUCCAGUUUCUUUUCUAGAAUGAAUGAGAUUGCUACUCUACAUGUGAAUGAGGGGUGUACAUGUGUUCCAAUCAAUGAAUUACAAUGAAUAUCAGUCUAAUACAUCUGUUUAAUGAAUGAGAUGCUUUUACAUUAUAUGCCACUACAUGUACCAGUACAUGUGUACUAAACGGGACAGGACAAGUACCUGUAUAUGUAUGAGAUGUUAUAUAUAUAUUUAUAUCUGGCUGUGACAGAAGUAGGUCAUAUUGAAAUCAACCAUGUCUUUAUUCUGGGGAUCAAAGUACAGGUGACUUGAGAUCUUUGUACUUUUGAAAACUAGCUGAGUGUCUGGAUAAUUUUAAUUGUGUGUGGCAGACAUUGAAUUUGACAGAGAACUGAGAAUGUGUGAAUCAUUUGGUAACAGUGAUUGAGUGUUAAUUAUCAGGUGUACUUGUCACCUGUAACGUAAUUAAGGUCACAAGACAAUGAACUAUUGUUUAUCUUAAAUUCAAUUUCAUUUAAAAAAAAACUCUAGGAAUACUAAGUUUAAUUUUCAAGUUAUUGUAAAACCUAGAAUCAUUGUCGAGUUUACAGUUCCAGAAUAAGAAGGCUGUAUAAAGUAAAGUGUAUCUAUGGUAAUAUUGUUUCAUAAGACUGACUGAAGAUGCAACUAUAACAUUUUCUGGCAAGAAGGUCAUGCCUGGUCAUAAGCCCACACAUAGGGCCUCUAAACAAAUGUAAUUCCACUGUCCUGUAAAUAGCCCGCCCCCUGAUAGGUUAUAUGGUGACACCAUAGGCCUGGUAAAGGUUAUAUGGUGACAACAUAGGCCUGGUAAAGGUUAUAUGGUGACAACAUAGGCCUGGUAAAGGUUAUAUGGUGACAACAUAGGCCUGGUAAAGGUUAUAUGGUGACAACAUGGGCCCGGUAAAGGUUAUAUGGUGACACCAUGGGCCUGGUAAAGGUUAUAUGGUGACACCAUGGGCCUGGUAAAGGUUAUAUGGUGACACCAUGGGCCUGGUAAAGGUUAUAUGGUGACACCAUGGGCUCAGUAAAGAUUAUAUGGUGACACCAUGGGCCUGGUAAAGGUUAUAUGGUGACAACAUGGGCCUGGUAAAGGUUAUAUGGUGACACCAUGGGCCUGGUAAAGGUUAUAUGGUGACACCAUGGGCCUGGUAAAGGUUAUAUGGUGACACCAUGGGCCCGGUAAAGGUUAUAUGGUGACACCAUGGGCCUGGUAAAGGUUAUAUGGUGACACCAUGGGCCCGGUAAAGGUUAUAUGGUGACACCAUGGGCCUGGUAAAGGUUAUAUUGUGACACCAUGGGCCCGGUAAAGGUUAUAUGGUGACACCAUGGGCCUGGUAAAGGUUAUAUGGUGACACCAUGGGCUUGGUAAAGGUUAUAUGGUGACACCAUGGGCUUGGUAAAGGUUAUAUUGUGACACCAUGGGCCUGGUAAAGGUUAUAUGUAAUACCAUGGGCUUGGUAAAGGUUAUAUUGUGACACCAUGGGCCUGGUAAAGGUUAUAUGGUGACACCAUGGGCCUGGUAAAGGUUAUAUGGUGACACCAUGGGCUUGGUAAAGGUUAUAUUGUGACACCAUGGGCCUGGUAAAGGUUAUAUUGUGACACCAUGGGCCCGGUAAAGGUUAUAUGGUGACACCAUGGGCUUGGUAAAGGUUAUAUGGUGACACCAUGGGCCUGGUAAAGGUUAUAUUGUGACACCAUGGGCCUGGUAAAGGAUCAGUAUAGUAGAUGUUAGGUUUGAUUGGAAAUGUCUGGUGUUGAUUUAGGACAAACAUCUUACUCCAAUUAUCAUAUAACAGGUUAAAAUAUUCCAUGUGUCGUGUUUGAUUUUGUUGGAGAAGUGUAAUUCUGUUGUCCGAUUUAUAAAAUCUAUUUAUAGUUAUAACAUAAAGUCGAUAACUCGUCACCAAUGUUGUAACUUAAAAAGUAGUUAAAUUAUUGGUAUGUUGUACUUAAAGAUUUUAAGAAAUAAUUCAGCAGGUUAAAUCAUCUGCUAAAUUAAGAUAUACUUGUACUUGUAUAUAUAUAAGUAUUGAUACUCUACUUCAACAGUCAUUUCAAAGUAUGCUGAAGUAAAACACAUAUCGGAGGUUUCUAUGUAGAGGUCAAUGUAAUCUGAACUUUGUGUACCGUUACAAAAAACAUAUUCGUAGAUAUAAAAUUAAAAAAGAAUUGUUGAACUAUAUAUAAGGCUUCAUUGAACAAGUUAACAUUUUGUAAAUAAAAAAUGUAGAUUUGAAUGCUAAAGAGCUUUUUAAGGUAUUCAGCAUUACCAAAGUUGAUUAUCAUUCAUUGUUAGGAUAGUGUCAACAUAAACCCUUAUAAGGAGUGGCUGUGAUUAACUGCUACAUACACUUAAUAUCACACUUAAUAGUUUACUUAACAGGUAGGAAUAUAAUUUACAUUAACAGACAGGAAUAUAGUUUACAUUAACAGAUACGAAUUGAGUUUACAUUAACACACAGGAAUAUAGUUUACAUUAACAGACAGGAAUAUAGUUUACAUUAACAGACAGGAAUAUAGUUUACAUUAACAGACAGGAAUUGAAUUUACAUUAACAGACAGGAAUAUAGUUUACAUUAACAGACAGGAAUAUAGUUUACAUUAACAGACAGGAAUAUAGUUUACAUUAACAGACAGGAAUAUAGUUUACAUUAACACACAGGAAUAUAGUUUACAUUAACACACAGGAAUAUAGUUUACAUUAACAGACAGGAAUUGAAUUUACAUUUACAAACAGGAAUAUACUUUACAUUAAAAGAUAGGAAUAUUUAUAUUAAUUGUGUUCUGAGGAAAAAGUCUCUACCUCUUUAGUUAAGUAAGUUUUUCAUCCACAGUUCAAGAGUUGUUUAAAAUUAAUUACCUGGAUUUGAUGUACUGGUAGUUAAUUUACCUCAAACCUUUGUUAAAUAAACGUAUCUAUAAAGUUAAAGUUUGAUUUGUCUAGUGUUAGUUUUGUCUUCACACAUUUGGACUCUUAUUUUUAUCUCUGCACAUUGUUGUCGUUUAAUUUAGUUUACAUUCCAUUUUGAAUUGUGAGUGUGCUUAAUCAUAUUUAUUAGUAUGACUUUAAUUACUGUAUGUAGUUGAUUUAUUUGUUUUGACUUGUUUUAUUAGAGGCAUUGUAACCUCAUCAAUCUGACUCAGACAAAGGUUUUAUCAAAUUACAUCAAUGUUUAGUUCUCCACUUCAUUGGUAUGUAUACUUACAAUUAUGGCACGACUGUUUUAGAAAACUUAUAUUUAGCUGAAAUUUUUUUUUUUUCUCAUCAAAUUAUUGCUGAAUCAAAUUAGGUUUUGUUAGAAAUUGACAAUAUCAAUACCUAUUUACUGACAGGAAUUACACACUGUCAUUUUAUAUUACAUAUGGACGUUCUUAUUUAUCUAAUUCAUUCAAAAACAUAAAGCAUCAUUUUUUUCAAUCACCAUGUGCAAAACAAUAACCUCAGGAAAUUAAAUGUGACAGAAAAUUGAUGUAUAGUCAGACUUGUGAGGUUCAAUGUACCUGGUAGAUGGUUGUGUUUGUUUCGUGAGAUUACAGGAAUAUAUUUAUUGUGAUUAAUGAUAUAAAAAAUAUCCAGUGGGUUUGACUGGUAUAUAGUCCAAGGUGUUCAAAGUCUACUUAUCUUUUUGUAUUUGUGAAAUAUAAACAUGCAGAUACAUUUAUCAGAAAAUGAUAUGAUUUAGUUAUAUUAUGUAAUACCUGUGUAUGUAACAAUCUUUAAAAAAAGAUGCAAGUGAAAAAUAUUCAAUGGACAUUCAGUUACAAUAUUUGUAUUUCAUUUUGCUUGAAAUUUCCAUUCAGCUGUACUUUUUGUUUGCUCUGCAAACAAACCGAUUUUGAGGCUAACUUGCUAUAGUUGAUUUAUGCUUGUGUUAAGUAUUUUUGUUUACCAGGAUUAAACAAGUUAAUCAGAAAAUCAUUAUAUACAAGGUGCUAUAUGUAUGUAUACCCCAAAGUUAAAUCACUGUACUUCUAUAGUUGUGUGUUUGUGGGAGCUCUUCAACUAGAGUUACCUCCCUUCGUCAAGAUUUACACAGCACUGUUUUAUGGAUAAGGAUAUUGUUCAAUUGACUUAAUUGAUAAUAACUUAUUAAGAAAGAAAGAUAAAAAUGGAAAAGAUUGAUGAUUGAAUUUUUGUACAAGAAUGAAAUUGAUUUCAAUUAUAAGUGUGAUAAUCUUAAUUGCUUAAAGAUUUUAUUUGAUUUCGGAGGAUAUAUUGUUUGGAGUUUAUCCCAAAAAUGUUUGAGAUAUGUUAAUGUAAUAGGAAAUCAAUGUUGUUGAAGCUAAUUCUUGGUGUGUUUUGAGUCUGUUGGAUUAAGUGAGUUUUAUGUAAAUGGUGUGUGUCUUUGUUAAGAGAUAUCAGUGAUAUUUGUGUGGACACUGUGUGUCUGUGAGAGAUAUCAGUGAUAUUUGUGUGGACGCUGUGUGUCUUUGAGGGAUAUCAGUGAUAUUUGUGUGGAUGCUGUGUGUCUGUGAGAUAUCAGUGAUAUUUGUGUGGCCACUGUGUGUCUGUGAGGGAUAUUAGUGAUAUUUGUGUGGACGCUGUGUGUCUGUGAGAUAUCAGUGAUAUUUGUGUGGACACUGUGUGUCUGUGAGAGAUAUCAGUGAUAUUUGUGUGGACGCUGUGUGUCUGUGAGAUAUCAGUGAUAUUUGUGUGGACGCUGUGUGUCUGUGAGAGAUAUCAGUGAUAUUUGUGUGGACGCUGUGUGUUUGUGAGAGAUAUCAGUGAUAUUUGUGUGGACGCUGUGUGUCUGUGAGAGAUAUCAGUGAUAUUUGUGUGGACGCUGUGUGUCUGUGAGAGAUAUCAGUGAUAUUUGUGUGGACACUGUGUGUCUGUGAGAGAUAUCAGUAAUAUUUGUGUAAAUGUUUUUGUCUGAGAGAGAUAUCAGUGAUAUUUGUGUGGACGCUGUGUCUGUGAGAGAUAUCAGUGAUAUUUGUGUGGACGCUGUGUGUCUGUGAGAGAUAUCGGUGAUAUUUGUGUGGACGCUGUCUGUCUUUGUUAAGAGAUAUCAGUGAUAUUUGUGUAGACACUGUGUGUCUGUGAGAGAUAUCAGUGAUAUUUGUGUGGACGCUGUGUGUCUGUGAGAGAUAUCGGUGAUAUUUGUGUGGACGCUGUCUGUCUUUGUUAAGAGAUAUCAGUGAUAUUUGUGUAGACACUGUGUGUCUGUGAGAGAUAUCAGUGAUAUUUGUGUGGACGCUGUGUGUCUGAGAGAUAUCAAUGAUAUUUGUGUGAACGCUGUGUGUCUGUGAGAGAUAUCAGUGAUAUUUGUGUGGACGCUGUGUGUCUGUGAGAGAUAUCAGUGAUAUUUGUGUGAACGCUGUGUGUCUGUGAGAGAUAUCAGUGAUAUUUGUGUGAACGCUGUGUUUCUGUGAGAGAUAUCAGUGAUAUUUGUGUGGAGGCUGUGUGUCUGUGAGAUAUCAGUGAUAUUUGUGUGGACGCUGUGUGUCUGUGAGAGAUAUCGGUGAUAUUUGUGUGGACGCUGUCUGUCUUUGUUAAGAGAUAUCAGUGAUAUUUGUGUAGACACUGUGUGUCUGUGAGAGAUAUCAGUGAUAUUUGUGUGGACGCUGUGUGUCUGAGAGAUAUCAAUGAUAUUUGUGUGAACGCUGUGUGUCUGUGAGAGAUAUCAGUGAUAUUUGUGUGGACACUGUGUGUCUGUGAGAGAUAUCAGUGAUAUUUGUGUAAAUGUUUUUGUCUGUGAGAGAUACCAGUGAUAUUUGUGUCGACCCUGUGUCUGUGAGAUAUCAGUGAUAUUUGUGUGGGCGCUGUCUGUCUGUGAGAGAUAUCAGUGAUAUUUGUGUGGACGCUGUCUGUCUGAGAGAUAUCAGUGAUAUUUGUGUGGACACUGUGUGUGUCUGUGAGAUAUCAGUGAUAUUUGUGUGGACGCUGUGUGUCUGUGAGAGAUAUCAGUGAUAUUUGUGUGGACGCUGUGUGUUUGUGAGAGAUAUCAGUGAUAUUUGUGUGGACGCUGUGUGUCUGUGAGAGAUAUCAGUGAUAUUUGUGUGGACGCUGUGUGUCUGUGAGAGAUAUCAGUGAUAUUUGUGUGGACACUGUGUGUCUGUGAGAGAUAUCAGUAAUAUUUGUGUAAAUGUUUUUGUCUGAGAGAGAUAUCAGUGAUAUUUGUGUGGACGCUGUGUCUGUGAGAGAUAUCAGUGAUAUUUGUGUGGACGCUGUGUGUCUGUGAGAGAUAUCGGUGAUAUUUGUGUGGACGCUGUCUGUCUUUGUUAAGAGAUAUCAGUGAUAUUUGUGUAGACACUGUGUGUCUGUGAGAGAUAUCAGUGAUAUUUGUGUGGACGCUGUGUGUCUGUGAGAGAUAUCGGUGAUAUUUGUGUGGACGCUGUCUGUCUUUGUUAAGAGAUAUCAGUGAUAUUUGUGUAGACACUGUGUGUCUGUGAGAGAUAUCAGUGAUAUUUGUGUGGACGCUGUGUGUCUGAGAGAUAUCAAUGAUAUUUGUGUGAACGCUGUGUGUCUGUGAGAGAUAUCAGUGAUAUUUGUGUGGACGCUGUGUGUCUGUGAGAGAUAUCAGUGAUAUUUGUGUGAACGCUGUGUGUCUGUGAGAGAUAUCAGUGAUAUUUGUGUGAACGCUGUGUUUCUGUGAGAGAUAUCAGUGAUAUUUGUGUGGAGGCUGUGUGUCUGUGAGAUAUCAGUGAUAUUUGUGUGGACGCUGUGUGUCUGUGAGAGAUAUCGGUGAUAUUUGUGUGGACGCUGUCUGUCUUUGUUAAGAGAUAUCAGUGAUAUUUGUGUAGACACUGUGUGUCUGUGAGAGAUAUCAGUGAUAUUUGUGUGGACGCUGUGUGUCUGUGAGAUAUCAGUGAUAUUUGUGUGGACGCUGUGUGUCUGUGAGAGAUACCGGUGAUAUUUGUGUGGACGCUGUGUGUCUGUGAGAGAUAUCAGUGAUAUUUGUGUGGACGCUGUGUGUCUGUGAGAGAUAUCAGUGAUAUUUGUGUGGACGCUGUGUGUCUGUGAGAUAUCAGUGAUAUUUGUGUGGACGCUGUGUGUCUGUGAGAGAUAUCAGUGAUAUUUGUGUCGACCCUGUGUGUCUGUGAGAUAUCAGUGAUAUUUGUGUGGAUGCUGUGUGUCUGAGAGAGAUAUCAGUGAUAUUUGUGUGGACGCUGUGUGUCUGAGAGAGAUAGUGAUAUUUGUGUGGACGCUAUGUGUCUGAGAGAGAUAUCAGUGAUAUUUGUGCUUGAAAGUUAGUGAGAAUGCUGUGUCUAUUGAGAUCUGAUAAUAAUUUGAAUGUUGUGUGUCUGCUGAAAAAUGAGAAGUAUGUGAAUGUUGUUUGUCUGUGUUGAGAUAUCAGUGAGAUUUGUGUGAAUGUUGUGUGUCAGUUGAGACAUGAGAAUUGUGUGAAUGUCGUUUGUCUGUGUUGGGAUUACAGUGAGAAUUGUGUGAAUGUCGUUUGUCUGUGUUGAGAUAUCAGUGAGAUUUGUGUGAAUGUUGUGUGUCAGUUGAGACAUGAGAAUUGUGUGAAUGUCGUUUGUCUAAAUGUAUGUUGAUACAGCACGUGAUAUAUUACGUAAUUGUGUCAAUGUUUUGAGUCAGACGUCGUAGAGAAUACAACAUUCCCAAUGUACGGAUCAUCUUGUAGAAAUAAACAUCUGAUUAAAACA